AUGAAAGAAUUCCGAGAAGCCACUCUUAAAUCAGAUGCUGAUAUCAAACGACGGGAACUUGAAGAAGGUCCCAAGGCUUCUUAUGGAUAUGGUGGCAAGUUUGGAGUUCAGAAGGACAGGAUGGACAAAAGUGCUGAAAGUCAUGAGUAUGUUGGAAAGGUGGAAAAACAUGCUUCCCAAAAGGAUUAUGCUACUGGGUUUGGUGGUAAAUUUGGAGUACAGGCUGACCGUCAGGAUAAGUCUGCUGUGGGAUGGGAUCAUGUAGAGAAGGUGGACAGACAUGAGAGUCAAAAAGAUUAUAGCAAAGGGUUUGGUGGAAAGUUUGGAGUCCAGGCAGAUCGUCAAGACAAGUCCGCCUCUGGGUGGGACCACAUUGAAAAAGUGGAGAAGCACGAGAGUCAAAAAGAUUAUUCAAAGGGCUUUGGUGGAAAGUUUGGAGUACAGAAAGAUCGGCAGGACAAAUCAGCAGCUGGUUGGGACCACAUUGAGAAAGUUGAAAAGCAUGAGAGUCAGAAAGAUUACACACAGGGUUUUGGUGGCAAAUUUGGAGUUAUGUCAGAUCGCCAGGAUAAAUCUGCAGCUGGUUGGGAUCAUAUUGAAAAAGUAGAAAAGCAUGAAAGCCAGAGAAAGGAGGUUACAGGAGUCAUCACUCCUGUAGCAGAGAUGGACAUUCCAGGUAGAGAUAUGACUCAAGAGUCAGAUUAUUCAGUAGGAUUUGGUGGAAAAUUUGGUGUGCAGAAAGACCGACAAGACAAAACUGCAGUUGGCUGGGAUCACAUAGAAAAGGUUGAUCAUCAUGAAAGUCAGACUGAUCACUCAAAGGGCUUUGGAGGUAAAUUUGGAAUACAGAAGGAUCGUAUGGAUAAAGUCGCCCAGUAUUCAGAACAGCCUGGCCAGAUAGGAACCAACUAUGAACCUACAAAACCAGCUCCACCACAAAGUAUGCAAUUUCUUCUCAGUUUUGUUGUAACCAGAAAGUUUGAAUGUAAUCACUGA